AUGACGCGUCAAUUGUUUGCAGAACUCAGAAUUUUGAAAAAAUAUUUGUUUAAUGGCAUUUCUAUAUGCCCCUCUACUGAAUUAUUUGCAACACAACGUCGUAAUACAUUUAGCAAGCGUAGGAGGACAAUUUCCUGUCGCUUCCACAAUUCAUGGACUUCACAAAAGGUUUUCUUGAAUUUUGAAAAUUCUCGAGUUAUAAUAUUUAAACGUUGGAUUAGUUCAAAUAAAGCGCUUACAGGUCAAGAACCUAAAGCAGCAUCAGCAGCUACUACAGCUAAUGUCACUUCGACCUUUCCACCUCUUGAAAAACCAAAAGAGAAUGACACAAAGACGUUUGCCAAUCAAGAAGAACUAUUACAAGUUUCUUCUACUGUAAAUUAUAAACCUUCCCCAGAACUCACAUUCUCACAUAUAAUCAAAAGUUACAAAGAGCUAGCAAAGGCAAAACUUGCUGCCCUUGUGAUAUUGACAACAAUGUGUGGUUACGCGUUAUCACCUGGGUCAACUAGUCUAACAUGUCUAUUAGGCACAAGUGUGGGAACAGGAUUGUGUGUAGCUUCUGCGAACGCGAUUAAUCAAUGGAUUGAAUUUCCGUAUGACGCACAAAUGUUGCGUACACGAAAUCGCGUUCUAGUACGUAGGGCAUUAGCACCAUUUCACGCGUUCUCAUUUGGCACAAUUUCCGGGAUAUCGGGUUUGAUCGUGUUAUCAACGAUGGCGAAUCCAUUAACAGCUUUGAUGGGCGUCACCAAUAUUUUACUCUACACUUGUAUAUAUACUCCGAUGAAAAGAGCCUCGAUAUUCAAUACAUGGAUUGGUUCGAUUGUUGGCGCGAUCCCACCGAUGAUGGGAUGGGUUGCUAGCACUAAUAGCCUUGAUCCCGGGUGUUGGUUACUCGGCGGAAUACUAUAUGCAUGGCAAUUCCCGCAUUUCAACUCGCUGGCGUGGAAUAUACGCGCCGAUUAUUCGAAAGCUGGGUUUCGAAUGAUGGCGGUCACAAACCCCGCGUUGAACUCACGAGUAUCCUUACGGUAUAGUUUAUUGUUGUUCCCGUUGAGUUAUAUGAUACCAUAUAUGGGAAUGACAAGCUGGUGGUUCGCGUUCGAUUCGACGUUGGUGAAUUCUGUUUUGCUUUGGGGCUCUUACAAGUUUUGGCGAAAUUCGAAUGAGAAAACUGCGCGAGAUUGUUUCUUUGCGAGUUUGAUUCAUUUGCCCGUCAUUUUUGCACUUAUGAUGUUGCAUAAAAAGUAUCGGAGUGUGAAUGAUAAUGAUGAUUUGGAAUAUACCUAA